AUGGGUUCCAAUUCACCAUCAUUCCAAUUCUAUCCCCAGGCGCAAUCCAAGUUCCAGAUUCCGCUCCUCGCAAGCGACAAUGCCUUCUUAGGAGAUGUCUUCUCCAGUGAACAAACAUCAGACACGCCGAUUUCGUCAGGCUUCUUUAGGCUGAAGAAGGGAGAGCCCUUAACAUACACGUACAAGUACGAUGAGAUGAAAAUCUUCCUUGAGGGAGACUACACCAUUACCGACGCCGGGGGUCAAACAACUACUGCUCGACCAGGUGACGUGGUAUUCUUUCCAAAAGGUGCCACAAUUACUUUCACGACAUCCGACCACGGUCUAGCCUUCUAUGUCGGCCAACGAAAGAAGAACGACUUUUAG